CUUCCCAGCUCCUUUAAGCGUCCACAGGCGGCGGAGCGGCCGCAGUCUCAGCUCCCGGCAUCUGGGGAGCCCGAGCGGCUGCACUAGGGAAUCCGCGGGGGCGCCUUUCGUCCGGACCCCAUCCUAGCUGAAUUCCCGCACCCCUGAAGUUUGCAGCGCCCAGAAAGGAGGCGAGGGAAGAAAGAGUGAGAGGGGAGGGAGCAAAAAGCACACCCUAAAACAUUUAUUUACGGGAGAAAAGAAAAGGGGGGCGUAAAAAUGGCUGGGGCAAUUAUAGAAAACAUGAGCACCAAGAAGCUGUGCAUUGUUGGAGGGAUUCUACUGGUGUUCCAAAUCGUCGCCUUUCUGGUGGGAGGCUUGAUAGCUCCAGCGCCCACAACAGCAGUGCCCUACAUGUCAGUGAAAUGUGUAGAUGUCCGUAAGAACCACCACAGGACAAGAUGGCUGAUGCCUUGGGGAGCCAAUCAAUGUGAUAAGAUCCGAGAUAUUGAGGAAGCAAUUCCGAGGGAAAUUGAAGCCAAUGACAUCGUGUUCUCAGUGCAUAUCCCCCUGCCUACCAUGGAGAUGAGCCCCUGGUUCCAGUUCAUGCUGUUCAUACUUCAGUUGGACAUCGCCUUCAAGCUCAACAACCAGAUCAGAGAAAAUGCAGAAGUUUCCAUGGAUGUUUCCCUGGCUUACCGUGAUGAUGUACUUGCUGAAUGGACUGAAAUGGCCCAUGAGAGAGUACCACGGAAACUCAAAUGCUCCUUCACAUCCCCCAAGACUUCUGAGCAUGAGGGCCGUUACUAUGAGUGUGAUGUUCUUCCUUUCAUGGAAAUCGGAUCAGUAGCUCAUAAGUAUUACCUUCUAAAUAUCCGGCUGCCAGUGAAUGAGAAGAAGAAAAUCAAUGUUGGAAUCGGAGAGAUAAAGGAUAUUCGGUUGGUGGGAAUCCACCAAAAUGGAGGCUUCACCAAGGUGUGGUUUGCUAUGAAGACCUUCCUCACACCCAGCAUCUUUAUUAUUAUGGUAUGGUACUGGAGGAGGAUCACCAUGAUGUCUAGACCCCCAGUGCUUCUGGAAAAAGUCAUCUUUGCCCUUGGGAUUUCCAUGACCUUCAUCAAUAUUCCUGUGGAGUGGUUUUCCAUUGGGUUUGACUGGACCUGGAUGCUUCUGUUUGGAGACAUCCGGCAGGGCAUCUUUUACGCAAUGCUUCUUUCCUUCUGGAUCAUCUUCUGUGGCGAGCACAUGAUGGAUCAACAUGAGCGCAAUCACAUUUCAGGCUAUUGGAAGCAAGUUGGACCAAUUGCUGUUGGCUCUUUCUGCCUCUUCAUAUUUGACAUGUGUGAGAGAGGAGUACAACUCACAAAUCCCUUCUAUAGUAUCUGGACUACAGAUGUGGGAACAGAGCUGGCUAUGGCCUUUAUCAUCGUAGCUGGGAUCUGCCUCUGCCUCUACUUCCUGUUUCUGUGCUUCAUGGUAUUUCAGGUGUUUCGAAAUAUCAGUGGGAAGCAAUCCAGCCUACCAGCCAUGAGCAAAGUCCGGCGACUACACUAUGAGGGGCUGAUUUUCAGGUUCAAGUUUCUCAUGCUUAUUACCUUGGCCUGUGCUGCUAUGACUGUUAUCUUCUUCAUCGUUAGCCAGGUAACAGAAGGCCAUUGGAAAUGGGGUGGUGUUACAGUCCAAGUGAACAGUGCUUUUUUCACAGGCAUAUAUGGAAUGUGGAACCUGUAUGUCUUUGCUUUGAUGUUUCUGUAUGCACCAUCCCAUAAGAAUUAUGGGGAAGACCAGUCUAAUGGUGACCUGGGUGUUCACAGUGGAGAAGAACUGCAGCUUACCACCACCAUCACCCAUGUGGAUGGGCCCACUGAAAUCUACAAGUUGACUCGCAAGGAAGCACAGGAAUAGGAGACUGGGGUGCUGGGUUGGGACUGUCUUUCCACCCAUUCCAUAUCAAUACCCUGGAGUGGGGAGCCCGUCACACAGAGCUCAAUUCACAUGCAAAUGCCUUGUGGCCCUUAGCUGUAGUUUUUUGGACAGUGGAUGGUAUUUGCUAACUGGUCUUCUUACAGUAGCUUUUGGAGGACUGCUGACACUAAUACAUUGUACAUGCUAACAAAAACUCUGAUAUGACACAAUAUCUGUGAUCAUUGUUAGUGACAUAGUGACAUCUGUAGCAGGUGGUUAGUAAGCUUCGUGUUGAAGGGUGUACCUCUUGGGAUGAUUUGGACCAGUAGGGUCUAUAUUAAAUGGAAUAUAACCUUUUUUUUCUGUUUUUAGAUUCUGGGAUAGAUUUAAACUUUCUUUACAGUCCAAGGUAUGCUGAUGUAAUAGUCUUUUCACCCUAGUCCAUGGGUACUUUUGUCCCCCUAUUUAUAUCAUCAAGUAGCUGGCUGAGUUAAUAUUUAAGAUAUCAAUACCUAUGUGCCCCUAUUUUUUAUGGCUUAAUGUAAAAAACUGAAUUCCAUGAGAAAUUAUAUCCCACUAAGGGCAUUUCAGCUUUGAAACCAAAUCUAUGUAUCCAUUACUAACUUGUCUGUUGGAUGUAGGUUUUGAAAAAUGUUUGCUAAACUAUCUAAGUAGGAUUUACAGUAUUAAAUGGCCUUUGGGUCCUAAAAGCUUUUUUAA